AUGGGAGGACCUUAUAUGCCUAAAACGGCCUCAAUGGGAGGCCGACCAACAAUCCCCCUCGAUGUCCCAAUAUGCGCCGUCUUCCUGGCCCUUUUCAUCACCGGCGCCGCCUGCCAUAUGACCCUAUUCCGUCGCAACCUCGCAAAAGGCCACAAAUUCAUUCCAUCGGCCGCAACAUUCGGUUUCUGCAUGUCGCGUAUCCUCGCAAACAUCAUUCGCAUCGCCUGGGCUUGUCACCCAACAAACGUUAGACUCGCGAUUGCAGCACAGAUCUUUGUCGCAGCGGGCGUGUUGCUGCUUUUCAUCUUGAACUUGCUAUACGCACAGCGUAUGUUCCGAGCUGUCUACCCAGUCCUCGGAUGGUCCCGACCAGUAUCUUGGGCAUUUAAAGCACUAUAUGCUCUCGUUGUGGUGACUAUCAUUAUGGUCAUCACUUGUGUUAUUCAGAGUUCAUAUACUCUCAACUCGAACACCCUUCGCAUCGAUCGCGAUAUCAUGCUCUACGGUCAGACAUACUUCUCCAUCAUCUCGUUCCUACCGCUUCCUCUUGUAUUACUUGUCCUUCUGUCUCCAAACAGAAAGCGAAUUCAAGAGGUUGGUUCUGGUAGCUGGAUCGUCAAAAUCUUCAUCGUCGGACUUGUCAGCUCAUUGCUCUGCCUUGGAGCAUCAUUCCGUGCCGGCACCACUUGGAUGCCACCUCGUCCUAUCACCGACCCAGCCUGGUAUCACAGCAAGGCCUGCUUCUAUAUCUUUGACUUCACUAUUGAUAUUUUGGUGGUGGCUAUCUUCUUCGUCGGCCGUGUUGACCAGCGAUUCUGGGUUCCGAAUGGAAGCUCGAAAGUGCGCCACUAUCGACGAGAUGGGGGUAGUGAGAAGAACGCGCAAGCUGAACAGAAUGGAAUUCCUCUUCCGGCUCAUGAUGAACGGGACAUCGAGAGUCGGGGCAGCAGUAUAUCUCAGGGGUUGAGCGAAGAAACAAAAUAA